AUGCUGCUCAGUAACCGAAUUGAAGCUUUACCAGAAAGUCCCUUGGGUCUUCUUAGUUUCAUUGUGUUUUAUGGAGAUGACGUAUUUCCGAAUCUGCGAAUUUCGCUACAAAUUUUGUUGACAACAGCAGUUUCAAUUGCAAGCUGUGAGCGAUCAUUUAGCAAAUUGAAAUUUAUUUUAUCAUAUCUGCGUGCACCAAUGGGAUAA